AUGUCAGAACAGUCAGAACAGAAGGCCGAGUCACCAGUUAGCCCAACUCGUGGGUGGUCUCCAACCGCAUUCUGGGAAGCGGUCCGUCGUAUUCUGCCCUCUAAGCCUCCUAUGAACGGCCAUCCGUUGGAGUCCGGUCCAAAUACCCUAGUGUGUAAUUAUAUUUCCUCUAUCAAGAGCAUCCUGUCGAACCAUUUGCUGCAGGAUCAACCUCAGAUAGACAUCAUACAUCACCUAGCGGCUUCACAGCCACUCACACACCAUGAAGCUGAGGAACCAAUAUACCUCCACCCGAUAGACGGCCUUCCUGAUCUCAGUGGACAGAUCAAGGACAAGGGUGUCUUCCCUCACAGCAUUGGCGGAUUCAGUGACGUAUGGAAAUGCAUCUGGACUCGGAUCGACAAGAAUGAACGGGUCGCUGUGAAAGCAAUCAGGAUUCAAGGCGACGUCAAAGACAGAGAGAAGAAGAGCAGGCGCCUGUGUCAGGAGGCAACAAUAUGGGUGACCCUGAAAAAUGAGCACAUCUUGCAACUCCUUGGACUUACAUGGGGGUUUGGUCCUCUUCCAGCCCUAGUUUGUCCGUGGGUUGAGAACGGUUCGCUGAAUUCUUACCUGGAAUCGAAGCAGCACAGGGAUAUCUCUUUGAGGCUGAGAUUCUACAUCCUCCAAGGAGUGGUGUCAGCAGUAUCAUAUCUUCAUUCGCAAAAUGUCGUACAUGGCGACAUCACAGGAUCGAACAUACUCAUCAAUGGACAAGGAGAACCGCUUCUGUCGGAUUUUGGCCUCUCAUUCUUGGACAUGGAGCUCACGGGAAAUUCGUACUUCACGUCCUGCAAGCCAGGCAAUGUGCUUUCUGGCCGCGUGCCCUACGCUGCCUGGACUGAUUAUAUGGUCAUCAGCGAGAAGUUUAAUGGCACGGAACCCCCGCGAGUUCCCGAAUCUCCCAUUGAUGACCGUCAUUGGCAAUUUAUGAGACGCUGCUGGCGUAAGAAGCAAGAACGAUCUGUAAAAGUGAAGGAUAUCGCCGAAUUCAUCAAAAAGGAACUGGAAUCUAGAUGAUGCACGGAAGUUUGGGAGGCAAUCAGCUGUAGUUGUUGUACUGUAUUCAGACUAUAUAUUUUCGCCGGUUACCGCGGCGUUAGC